AUGGAUCCCAAAAAUGCAAUCCUCAUCCUAGGCCUAUUGGCCAUGGUUCUUCUCAUUUCCUCUCAGGUGUCAGCUAGGGACUUAGCUGAGACUUCCCCUAAUACCGAAGAGGUAAAUGAUGCCAAAUAUGGUCACUAUGGUGGUGGUAGUCAUGGCCAUGGGCACGGUGGUCAUUAUGGUGGAGGUGGUCAUCAUGGUGGACAUGGAGUUGUAUCCGACAACGAGGUGGUUGAAAAGUCAAAUGAAGUAAAUGAUGCCAAAUAUGGACACUACGGAAGUGGACACUAUGGCGGUGGUCACUAUGGCGGUGGUCACUAUGGAGGUGGACACUAUGGUGGUGGACAUUAUGGUGGUGGUGGUGGACAUGGUGGACACUAUGGUGGUGGACAUUAUGGUGGUGGUGGACAUGGUGGACAUGGUGCUUCCGACAAUGGAAACUGA